AUGGACACGUUUUGUAACACUGAUAGCAAGUUGCGAGUUGUUAUAGCAACAACUGCAUUUGGUAUGGGGGUGAAUGUACCCGACGUACGUGUUAUUGUCCACUGGGGGGCUCCUCACAGUAUUCAAGGAUACAUGCAACAAAGUGGACGUGCUGGAAGGGAUGGAAAUCGAUCCGUGUCUGUUAUAUACUAUCACCCAGCUGAUAUAAGUACUGUUGCAACCGAUAGUCACACGAGAGAAUUUUGUCUGUUAAAAUCAUGUAGACGUCAAUUUUUACUGGAACAUUUUACACCAGAAGAUACCACAAUCACAAAUGUUUCCAGCCUGUGUUUGUGCUGUGAUAACUGCAAGCACAACUGUGAAUUUGGUAAUUGUCCUUCUGACACUGCUGCAGUUCUGGACUUAGAUGAGGAAUCCCUCGUAAAGGCUGUGGAUAUGGUUGAGGAGCCUCCAGUGCGCACUGUACAUGACCUGCAAAGAAAGAAAAUUAAAGAAAAACUGUAUGACUUACGUGCAAAAUUGUUAGGUGAUACAUGUACUUCUUUGCUAAAUAUUGGACUCAUAACAGGUCUUAGCAACAAAGUUAUAAGUGAUAUUGUUGCAAAUGUACAUUACAUUUUUUCUUUUGAGGACAUUCUUUCCCAGUUUGUUUUUCAAAGAGCCUGUGCUGAGGAAGUUUUUGAAAUUAUUGAGAAUGUUAUGUCUGACUAG